UCGGCGGCGGGCGCCGCCAGGGAAGGAGGCAAGAGGCGGAGCGCCCGGAAGAUGCGGGGGAAGCUGAAGGUCAAGAUCGUGGCGGGGCGGCACCUGCCCGUCAUGGACCGAGCCAGCGACCUGACGGACGCCUUCGUGGAGGUAAAGUUUGGAAACACCACAUUUAAGACAGAUGUCUAUCCCAAAUCCCUCAAUCCUCAGUGGAAUUCAGAGUGGUUUAAAUUUGAGGUGGAUGAUGAAGAUCUACAAGAUGAGCCUCUACAGAUAACUGUCCUUGAUCAUGAUACUUAUAGUGCUAAUGAUGCCAUUGGAAAAGUUUACAUUGAUAUUGACCCUCUGCUCUACAGCGAAGCAGCUACAGUUAUUUCUGGCUGGUUUCCAAUUUAUGACACAAUACAUGGUAUACGUGGAGAGAUCAAUGUGAUGGUGAAGGUAGACCUUUUUAAUGAUUUAAAUCGCUUUAGACAAUCAUCAUGUGGAGUAAAAUUUUUCUGCACCACGUCUAUUCCAAAGUGCUAUAAAGCUGUAAUUAUUCAUGGAUUUGUAGAAGAACUUGUGGUUAAUGAAGAUCCAGAAUAUCAAUGGAUAGACCGAAUCCGUACACCAAGAGCAUCAAAUGAGGCCAGGCAGCGCCUUAUUUCAUUAAUGUCAGGGGAACUGCAAAGGAAGAUUGGCUUAAAGGUACUAGAAAUGAGAGGAAAUGCAGUGGUUGGCUAUUUGCAGUGUUUCGAUCUGGAGGGAGAAUCUGGACUAGUAGUACGAGCCAUAGGAACAGCCUGUACCUUGGACAAAUUAAGUAACACACCUGUAUUCUUACCUGCAUGUAAUUCCCCAUCCAAGGAAAUAAAGGAGAUUCCUUUCAAUGAAGAUCCCAACCCCAAUCCUCAUUCAUCAGGACCCUCCACCCCUCUGAAAAACCAAAUCUAUUCCUUUUCACCUUCCAAGUCCUACAGUCGACAGUCCUCUUCUUCUGAUACAGAUUUGAGUUUGACACCUAAAACUGCACUUUACCCAUGGGGACCCAGGAUUUUCCUGUUUCCCAGUUCCCCAACAUUAUCUUGUGGUUCCCCACAACUUACACAGCCCCGUCUCCUUUGCUCUGGGUCUAGCUCUAACCCUCUUCGCUCUAGCCAUAUGAACCCAGUUCUGAGGAAAAGUAUUUCUUUCACUGAAGAGCUGCUUCUGGCUGCUUCGGGAAUGGGAAGUGGUAGUGCUGGAAAAGAAGGGGGGCCAUUAAAAGCUCUAUUAAGACAACAAACUCAGUCAGCUCUGGAGCAAAGGGAAUUUCCUUUUUUUACUUUGACGGCGUUUCCUCCAGGCUUCCUUCUCCACGUUGGUGGUGUUGUCAGUGCCCGCUCUGUGAAACUCUUGGAUCGUAUCCACAAUCCUGAUGAUCCAGAAACACGGGAUGCCUGGUGGGCAGAAAUCCGACAAGAAAUCAAAUCCCAUGCAAAGGCUUUGGGCUGUCACGCCGUAGUGGGCUACAGUGAAUCAACUAGCAUUUGUGAAGAGGUCUGUAUUUUGUCUGCAUCGGGCACAGCAGCUGUGCUGAACCCCAGGUUUCUCCAGGAUGGAAACAUGGAAGUCUGUUUGGAACAAAGGUUAGAGGAAACCUUACCUCCUGCUUGUGGCUUCUGCCACAUACCAUACGAUGAGCUCAACAUGCCGUUCCCUGCUCGCCUAGCUUAUUGCUGCAGCUGCAGGAAGCAGAAAGUGCCAGAUGUUCUUUUCACGACAAUAGACUUGCCCAUGGAUGCGGUGGUGUUUGGGAAAGGAUGUCUCAUUCAAGCCAGGCUGUGCCGGCUGAAAAAGAAAACUCAAGCUGAAGCAAAUGCAACUUCCAUCAGUAAUCUGCUGCCAUUUAUGGAGUACGAAGUACACACUCAGUUGAUGAAUAAGCUGAAAUUGAAGGGGAUGAAUGCCCUUUUUGGCCUACGGAUACAGAUCACAGUGGGAGAAACAAUGCUCAUGGGCUUGGCA